UGUCAUAAACAAAACGUAAUUAAGCUGAUCGCAGUUCGUGUAAAAGUUUACAAAUUUUUAUUUAAAUCAUUGUAAAAUCCUCAAAUUAAGAGCAUAAACAAGCCGCAAAAUGGGAAAAGGCUUCAACAAUUACAUGUGCAAAAAGUUCUUCCAUCCAGCCUCGCGCGAUAAUCUCAAACGGGUAUGGAUGGCGGAACAGCAGGCGGAAGCGUACAAGAAAAAGCAGGAGGAACUGCGGAACCAGUACGAGAAGGAGCAGGAACUUCACGACAACAAGGCGAUCCUCAGCAGGGACAGCAAGGACAAACUGAGCGUCAACUUCAUGUACGAGCUGCCGCCCGGAAUGAAGAAGGAAGCGCGCGAGCCGGAAAAAACGGACGAGGCCGAGUACAAGUUCGAAUGGCAGCGCAAAUUCAACGCGCCACGCGAGAGCUACUGCAAGGGCGACACCGAGAUCCGGGAUCAACCGUUUGGCAUCCAGGUGAGGAACGUCCGCUGCAUCAAGUGCCACAAGUGGGGCCACAUCAACACCGACAAGGAGUGCACCAUGUACAGUUUGUCGAUGAGUGAGGCCAAAAAGAUUCAUUCCGAGGCGGAAGGGAAUCAGGUUCUUUCGAAGAAAAAUCUUGAGCAGGGUCUCCGCGAGGACGGACUUGCCAUGAAGAGAAGCGCAUGUGAGUUGGCCACUGCCCAUCAGUUGGUAGAGGAGCCGGGACUGGACAAGGUCCAGACGGAGACGGACUUUCUGAAGUCGCUGUCCACCAAGCAAAAGAAGAAACUGUUGAAAAAGCUGGAGAAGAUUGAAAAACGUCACAAAUCCGAGAAGAAGCAUCGCAAAAGCGAGACUUCCUCGUCCGAUAGUGAUGAGGAUGAGGACGAGGACAGACGCUCGUCCCGGAAGAAGUCAAAGAAAUCCCACCGCAAACGUGAGUCCGAUUCGGAUUCGGACGAUGACCGCCACCACCGUCGAAAGGAGAGCAGAAGCCGCAAGCCGCACAGCAGCUCGGGAAGACACGAUCGUGACCGCUCCAGAAGUCCCCGCAGAAGCCACAAGCGGCGCUAAACGGACGUGACCACCAAUUCCAAAUUGUAUCCACCAUAUCUGUGUGUGUAUUAUGUGUACUGUUUUAACCAACAAAUUAGCAAUUAGGCGCCAGGGAUUUCUCGUAAACUAACAACAUUGUCACUAUCACCAAUCUUUACGUUUAUUUGAAAAUUUUUAAUAUUCGGUAAAACAUAUCAAUUACACUGCGUAGAAUAACUUG